AUGAAGCUCCACCACCUCACAAAGCCACACAUGGUUUUCACACUUAUUUAUUUUGUGUGGAGGAAUUCUGCUGUGGAGGAAUCAGUUUUUCAGAAUCGGUCUGAAAGGCAGUGUCCGAGGCUCAGCUGUGGCCGUCUCUCUCUGCUCCUCUCUGUCCUCCAGGCUCAGCUGUGGCCGUCUCUCUCUGCUCCUCUCUGUCGUCCAGGCUCAGCUGUGGCCGUCUCUCUCUGCUCCUCUCUGUCCUCCAGGCUCAGCUGUGGCCGUCUCUCUCUGCUCCUCUCUGUCGUCCAGGCUCAGCUGUGGCCGUCUCUCUCUGCUCCUCUCUGUCGUCCAGGCUCAGCUGUGGCCGUCUCUCUCUGCUCCUCUCUGUCGUCCAGGCUCAGCUGUGGCCGUCUCUCUCUGCUCCUCUCUGUCCUCCAGGCUCAGCUGUGGCCGUCUCUCUCUGCUCCUCUCUGUCCUCCAGGCUCAGCUGUGGCCGUCUCUCUCUGUCCUCUCUGUCGUCCAGGCUCAGCUGUGGCCGUCUCUCUCUGCUCCUCUCUGUCGUCCGAGGCUCAGCUGUGGCCGUCUCUCUCUGCUCCUCUCUGUCCUCCAGGCUCAGCUGUGGCCGUCUCUCUCUGCUCCUCUCUGUCCUCCAGGCUCAGCUGUGGCCGUCUCUCUCUGCUCCUCUCUGUCCUCCAGGCUCAGCUGUGGCCGUCUCUCUCUGCUCCUCUCUGUCCUCCAGGCUCAGCUGUGGCCGUCUCUCUCUGCUCCUCUCUGUCCUCCAGGCUCAGCUGUGGCCGUCUCUCUCUGCUCCUCUCUGUCCUCCAGGCUCAGCUGUGGCCGUCUCUCUCUGCUCCUCUCUGUCGUCCGAGGCUCAGCUGUGGCCGUCUCUCUCUGCUCCUCUCUGUCGUCCAGGCUCAGCUGUGGCCGUCUCUCUCUGCUCCUCUCUGUCGUCCAGGCUCAGCUGUGGCCGUCUCUCUCUGUCCUCUCUGUCGUCCAGGCUCAGCUGUGGCCGUCUCUCUCUGCUCCUCUCUGUCGUCCAGGCUCAGCUGUGGCCGUCUCUCUCUGCUCCUCUCUGUCGUCCAGGCUCAGCUGUGGCCGUCUCUCUCUGCUCCUCUCUGUCCUCCAGGCUCAGCUGUGGCCGUCUCUCUCUGUCCUCUCUGUCGUCCAGGCUCAGCUGUGGCCGUCUCUCUCUGCUCCUCUCUGUCGUCCGAGGCUCAGCUGUGGCCGUCUCUCUCUGCUCCUCUCUGUCGUCCGAGGCUCAGCUGUGGCCGUCUCUCUCUGCUCCUCUCUGUCCUCCAGGCUCAGCUGUGGCCGUCUCUCUCUGCUCCUCUCUGUCCUUCAGGCUCAGCUGUGGCCGUCUCUCUCUGCUCCUCUCUGUCGUCCAGGCUCAGCUGUGGCCGUCUCUCUCUGCUCCUCUCUGUCGUCCGAGGCUCAGCUGUGGCCGUCUCUCUCUGUCCUCUCUGUCGUCCAGGCUCAGCUGUGGCCGUCUCUCUCUGCUCCUCUCUGUCGUCCGAGGCUCAGCUGUGGCCGUCUCUCUCUGCUCCUCUCUGUCGUCCAGGCUCAGCUGUGGCCGUCUCUCUCUGCUCCUCUCUGUCGUCCGACGCUCAGCUGUGGCCGUCUCUCUCUGCUCCUCUCUGUCCUCCAGGCUCAGCUGUGGCCGUCUCUCUCUGCUCCUCUCUGUCGUCCGAGGCUCAGCUGUGGCCGUCUCUCUCUGCUCCUCUCUGUCGUCCGAGGCUCAGCUGUGGCCGUCUCUCUCUGCUCCUCUCUGUCCUCCAGGCUCAGCUGUGGCCGUCUCUCUCUGCUCCUCUCUGUCCUCCAGGCUCAGCUGUGGCCGUCUCUCUCUGCUCCUCUCUGUCGUCCAGGCUCAGCUGUGGCCGUCUCUCUCUGCUCCUCUCUGUCGUCCGAGGCUCAGCUGUGGCCGUCUCUCUCUGCUCCUCUCUGUCCUCCAGGCUCAGCUGUGGCCGUCUCUCUCUGCUCCUCUCUGUCCUCCAGGCUCAGCUGUGGCCGUCUCUCUCUGCUCCUCUCUGUCGUCCGAGGCUCAGCUGUGGCCGUCUCUCUCUGCUCCUCUCUGUCCUCCAGGCUCAGCUGUGGCCGUCUCUCUCUGCUCCUCUCUGUCGUCCAGGCUCAGCUGUGGCCGUCUCUCUCUGCUCCUCUCUGUCGUCCAGGCUCAGCUGUGGCCGUCUCUCUCUGCUCCUCUCUGUCCUCCAGGCUCAGCUGUGGCCGUCUCUCUCUGCUCCUCUCUGUCCUCCAGGCUCAGCUGUGGCCGUCUCUCUCUGCUCCUCUCUGUCCUCCAGGCUCAGCUGUGGCCGUCUCUCUCUGCUCCUCUCUGUCGUCCGAGGCUCAGCUGUGGCCGUCUCUCUCUGCUCCUCUCUGUCCUCCAGGCUCAGCUGUGGCCGUCUCUCUCUGCUCCUCUCUGUCCUCCAGGCUCAGCUGUGGCCGUCUCUCUCUGCUCCUCUCUGUCGUCCAGGCUCAGCUGUGGCCGUCUCUCUCUGCUCCUCUCUGUCCUCCAGGCUCAGCUGUGGCCGUCUCUCUCUGCUCCUCUCUGUCCUCCAGGCUCAGCUGUGGCCGUCUCUCUCUGCUCCUCUCUGUCCUCCAGGCUCAGCUGUGGCCGUCUCUCUCUGCUCCUCUCUGUCCUCCAGGCUCAGCUGUGGCCGUCUCUCUCUGCUCCUCUCUGUCGUCCAGGCUGAAGCUGUGGCCGUCUCUCUCUGCUCCUCUCUGUCGUCCGAGGCUCAGCUGUGGCCGUCUCUCUCUGCUCCUCUCUGUCGUCCAGGCUCAGCUGUGGCCGUCUCUCUCUGCUCCUCUCUGUCGUCCAGGCUCAGCUGUGGCCGGUUCUCUCUGCUCCACUCUGUCCCCCAGGCUGAAGCUGAAGAAAAGCAGAGAUUGUCCAUUGUACCGCAGAGCUUUGUGCAAAGACCGACUGGUGACCGGCGCUGUCCAUGGUGCUGGAAUGAGCCUUAG